AUGGUAUCUAUAUGGGAGCGCGAGAGCGAAGAGGAGGGGGGGAGAGAGAGAGAGAAGAGAGAGAGAGAGAGAGAGAAGAGAGAUGAGAGAAAGAGAGCGGUCUAUAACUCUAGAUCGAGAGCCGGAGUCUAAAUAGCGAGCGUCGUGGAGAUGUGUAUUGUAUAUCUCUAUAUUAUCUAUAUAGAGUCGCCUAUAUAUCGGCGAUAUUCUAUAGCUCGAGCGAUCGUAUCUGAGACUCUCUCGAUAUUAUAUACUCUAGAUCUCUCUCUCUCUCUCCUCUCUCCUCUCUAAUCAAACACAUUAAUACCGCAGCAUAAUGCCGCAUUCAACAUAUGGUCAUUGUAGGAGCUGUUGUCUUUGGAACACACAUACACACACACACACACACACACACACACAAUACAGAUUUCCACUGAUGUUUGUUUUUCCUGCACUGUCAUCUUGUCUGUCCCUUUUAAGGUCUCCUAGUGUUCUUAUCAACUUGUUUAAUAGUAAUAUGUAUAUUAGGCAUGUAGUAGAGGGCGGGGGUACAUGGGCGUUGUCCAUCGAACGUUCGCCUGCUUCAGAAUAAAGUGUUCAAUCAGCAGAUACAGAUACAAUCCACACGUCUUCAGCACACACACACACACACGCACGCACGCACACACAUGCACGCACGCACACACACACACACACACACACACACACUCUAUUAUCCCCUCCCUCCAGAUGGUGUCUGAGAUGGCAACAAAUGGCUCUCUACUCCCGUUCCACUGAGAUUAAAAUAAUAUGCAUGCAUUUACAAAUCUGUACUGGCACAAAAACAAAAAUGAAAUGAACGAGUUCUGCCAUGCAGGGACAAUAAGCAGGAGACUAAUGGUUACAGUGGUGACUUCAUCAUCAUAGAACAGGUAGAAGAGAUGGAGGGAGGGAGGGAGGGAGGGAGGGAGGGAGGGAGGGAGGAGAGAUAGGGAGGGAGGGAGGGAGGGAGGGAGGAGAGGUGUGUGGAGGGGGGGGUGUGUGGUGGGGAGGGAGGGAGGGAGGUAGGGAGGGAGGGAGGGAGGGAGGGGGGGAGAUAGGGAGGGUAGCAGAGAGAGGGAGGGAGGGAGGGAGGGAGGGAGGUAGCAGAGAGAGAGACUGCUGUAUUAGCAUGCUUAUUUAAUUCUUAGGAGGCCUGAGCACAGACACACAGAAGCAGGGGAUAUAACCUUGCCGUGACAUCAAAGGAAUAUUGAGACAACGUGAGCCGACCUGCUGUGGCUUCAUGCAGUGGCCCCAUCAGUGAGUGAGUGAGUGAGUGAGUGAGUGAGUGAGUGAGGGAGUGAGUGUAUGUAUGUGUACGAUUAGUAAUGUUUUGAUAGUCUGUAUUUAAAUAGAUGUCAAUUAUUUACAUUUUUACAUUUUAGUCAUUUAGCAGACGUUCUUAUCCAGAGCGACUUACAGUUAGUUAGUGCAUACAUUAUUAUUUAUUUUUUCAUACUGGCCCCCCGUGGGAAUCGAACCCACAACCCUGGCGUUGCAAACGCCAUGCUCUACCAACUGAGCUACAUCCCUGCCGGCCAUUCCCUCCCAUACCCUGGACGACGCUGGGCCAAUUGUGCGCCGCCCCAUGGGUCUCCAGGUCGCGGCUGGCUACGACAGAGCCUGGAUUCGAACCAGGAUCUCUAGUGGCACAGCUAGCACUGCGAUGCAGUGCCUUAGACCACUGCAUAAUUAACAGAUAGCAUUUUGCACCCCCCUCCCCCCGUCGCCACAAGAUGAAUGGUUUUGACCACUCUAAAGGUUUCCCGCCCGUCGCUGUUUUGCUCCAGUGCAGUUAGAAGGUUCUAGUUGGUGUUUAAAUAAAAAGACAACGUUGAUCUACUUUGUGCUGUUGUUACAUUUGUAUAAUUGUUUCAUGUCCGGUGGUGUUGGUCCGAUGGUGUUGGUCCGAUGGUGUUGGUGGUGUUGGUCCGAUGGUGUUGGUCCGAUGGUGUUGGUCCGGUGGUGUUGGUGGUGUUGGUACGAUGGUGUUGGUCCGAUGGUGUUGGUGGUGUUGGUCCGAUGGUGUUGGUCGAUGUGUUGGUCGCUGGGUGGUCGAUGGUGUUGGUAGUGUGGGUCCGAGGUGUGUAGUGUUGGGUCGGAUGGUGUUGGUACGAUGGUGUUGGUAAGUGGUGUCCGAUGUUGUGGUGGUGUUGGUCGAUGGUUGUUGUGUGGUGUUGGUCCGAUGGUGUUGGUCCGAUGGUGUUGGUUGUGUUGGUCGAUGGUGUUGGUCCGAUGGUGUUGGUCGAUGUGUUGUCCGAUGGGGAUUGGGGUGUUGGUCGUGGUUGUUGGUCAGAUGGUGGUGCGUGGUGUUCGGUCGAUGGUUGGUAGUAGUGUUGGUCAGGAUAGGUGUUGGUACGAUGAUGUAGUAGUGUUGGAGGGCUGGAGGUGUUGGUCCGAUGGUGUUGGGUGUGGUCCGAUGGGUGUGGUCCGAUCGGUGUUGGUGGUGUGGUACCGAUGGUUGUUGGUCCGAAUGGGUGUUGGUACCGAUGGUUUGUUGGUUGGUGUUGGUCCGAUGGUGUUGGUCCGAUGGUGUUGGUGGUGUUGGUCCGAUGGUGUUGGUCCGAUGGUGUUGGUAGUGUUGGUCCGAUGGUGUUGGUCCGAUGGUGUUGGUGGUGUGUUGGUCCGAUGGUGUUGGUCGUGUUGGUCGAUGGCUGUUGAGUCAAGAUGGUGGUUGGGAUGGGUGUUGGUCCGAUUGGUGGUUGGUCCGAUGGUGUUGGGUCCGAUGUGUUGGGUGGUGUUGGUCCGAUGGUGUUGGUCCGAUGGUGUUGGUGGUGUUGGUCGAUGGUGUUGGUCCGAUGGUGUUGGUCCGAUGGUGUUGGUGGUGUUGGUCCGAUGGUGGUGUUACAUAUCAUUUGAACAGUGUGCGAGGAAAUUCAUUGUAUUAUUUCACUUUGCCUGUCAGAACCAUGAUGAGCACGGCCAUGUCUGAUUAGGCCCCACUGUACUGCACUCUGACUCUGAAAUAUUAUUGGUCCCUCGCACUCCCUCCCCUCUGACCUUCUCCGCCAAUUGGUUUUAAAAGGAGGAGAGGAGAGAGGAUAUGAGGAGUAUGCAAUAGAGAUUCUCCCACUGACUCUGUGUAGCUUUCCAUCUGCCUACAACGGUUGCAUGUCCGGUAGCUCACAGGCUGUCAGUGGGUAGCUCACGUGCUGUCAAUGAGUAGCUCACAGGCUGUCAAUGAGUAGCUAUUGGGCUGUCAAUGAGUAGCUCACAGGCUGUCAAUGAGUAGCUCACGGGCUGUCAAUGAAUAGCUCACAGGCUGUCAAUGAGUAGCUCACAGGCUGUCAAUGAGUAGUUCACAGGCUGUCAAUGAGUAGCUCACAGGCUGUCAAUGAGUAGCUCACAGGCUGUCAAUGAGUAGCUCACAGGCUGUCAAUGUAGCUCACAGGCUGUCACAGGCUGUCAAUGAGUAGCUAUCGGGCUGUCAAUGAAUAGCUCACAGGCUGUCAAUGAGUAGCUCACGGGCUGUCAAUGAAUAGCUCACAGGCUGUCAAUGAGUAGCUCACAGGCUGUCAAUGAGUAGCUCACGGGCUGUCAAUGAGUAGCUCACAGGCUGUCAAUGAGUAGCUAUUGGGCUGUCAAUGAGUAGCUCACAGGCUGUCAAUGAGUAGCUCACAGGCUGUCAAUGAGUAGCUCACAGGCUGUCAAUGAGUAGCUCACAGGCUGUCAAUGAGUAGCUCACAGGCUGUCAAUGAAUAGCUCACAGGCUGUCAAUGAGUAGCUCACAGGCUGUCAAUGAGUAGCUCACAGGCUGUCAAUGAGUAGCUAUUGGGCUGUCAAUGAGUAGCUCACAGGCUGUCAAUGAGUAGCUCACAGGCUGUCAAUGAGUAGCUAUUGGGCUGUCAAUGAGUAGCUCACAGGCUGUCAAUGAGUAGCUCACAGGCUGUCAAUGAGUAGCUAUCGGGCUGUCAAUGUGUAGCUCACAGGCUGUCAAUGAGUAGCUCACAGGCUGUCAAUGAGUAGCUCACAGGCUGUCAAUGCGUAGCUCACAGGCUGUCAAUGAGUAGCUCACAGGCUGUCAAUGAGUAGCUAUUGGGCUGUCAAUGAGUAGCUCACAGGCUGUCAAUGAGUAGCUCACAGGCUGUCAAUGAGUAGCUCACAGGCUGUCAAUGAGUAGCUCACAGGCUGUCAAUGAGUAGCUCACAGGCUGUCAAUGAGUAGCUCACAGGCUGUCAAUGAGUAGCUCACAGGCUGUCAAUGAGUAGCUAUCGGGCUGUCAAUGGGUAGUCAAGUAUUGAAUUUCAAGCUCAGAUUCAACUUCAAAGACCUGGGAGCUUUUCAAAAGCUUCAUAAAGAAGGGCAGUGAUUGGUAGAUGUAUAACAGUAGCCAAUCAGACAUUGAAUAUAUAUUUAAGCAUGGUCAAGUUAAUAAUUAUGCUGUGUAUGAUGUAUUAAACCACCCAGACACAUGAAAGAUACAGUUGUCUUUCUGAACUGAGUUGCAGGGCAGGAAGGAAACUGCUUAGGGAUGUCACCAUGAGGCCAUCGGUGGCUUUAAAACAGCUACAGAUUCAAUGGCUGUGAUGGGAGGAAACUGAGGAUGGAUCAACAACAUUGUAGUGACGCCACAAUAAUGACUUAAAAGAAUAAUACAAAUAUACAGAAUAAAAGUAUUCCAAAACAUGCGUAUGUAUUCUCUCUCUCUCUCAAUUUCAAUUCAAUUAAACGGCUUUAUUGACAUGGGAAACGUGUGUUAACUUUGCCAAAGCAAGUGAAAUAGAUAGUAAACAAAAGUGAAAUAAACAAUAAAUAUUAACAGUAAACAUUACACUCAGAAGUUCCAAAAGAAUAAAGACAUUUCAAAUGUCACAUUAUGUAUAUAUACAGUGUUGUAACAAUGUGCAAAUAGUUAAAGUACAAAUGGGAAAAUAAAUCAACAUAAAUAUGGGUUGUAUUUACAAUGGUGUUUGUUCUUCACUGGUUGCCCUUUUCUUGUGGCAACAGGUCACACAUAUUGCAGCUGUGAUGGCACACUGUGGUUUUUCACCCAGUAGAUAAGGGAGUAUAUCAAAAUUGGGUUUGUUUUCAAAUUCUUUGUGGAUCGCUGUAAUCUGAGGGAAAUAUGUGUCUCUAAUAUGGUCAUACAUUUGGCAGGAGGUUAGGAAGUGCAGCUCAGUUUCCACCUCAUUUUGUGGGCAGUGUGCACAUUGCCUGUCUUCUCUUGAGAGCCAGGUCUGCCUACGGCAGCCUUUCUCAAUAGCAAGGCUAUGCUCACUGAGUCUGUACAUAGUCAAACCUUUCCUUAAGUUUGGGUCUGUCACAGUGGUCAGGUAUUCUGCCACUGUGUACUCUCUGUUUAGGGCCAAAUAGCAUUCUAGUUUGCUCAGUUUUUUUGUUUGUUCUUUCCAAUGUGUCAAGUAAUUCUCUUUUGGUUUUCUCAUGAUUUGGUUGGGUCUAAUUGUGUUGUUGUUGUCUCUCUCUCUCUCUCUCUCUCUCUCUCUCUCUCUCUUUCUCUCAAAUCAAAUCAAAUCAAAUUUUAUUGGCCACAUGCGCCGAAUACAACAGGUACAGACAUUACAGUGAAAUGCUUACUUACAGCCCUUAACCAACAGUGCAUUUAUUUUUAAUUUUAAAAAAAGUAAAAUAAAACAACAACAAAAAAGUGUUGAGAAAAAAAGAGCAGAAGUAAAAUAAAAUAACAGUAGGGAGGCUAUAUAUACAGGGGGGUACCGGUGCAGAGUCAAUGUGCGGGGGCACCGGCUAGUUGAGGUAGUUGAAGUAAUAUGUACAUGUGGGUAGAGUUAAAGUGACUAUGCAUAUAUAAUUAACAGAGUAGCAGCAGCGUAAAAAGAUGGGGUGGGGGGUGGGGGUGCAGUGCAAAUAGUCCGGGUAGCCAUGAGUUACCCGGACAAUUUUUUGGACCUAGACUUGGCACUCCGCUACCCCUUGCCGUGCGGUAGCAGAGACAACAGUCUAUGACUAGGGUGGCUGGAGUCUUUGACAAUUUUGAGGGCCUUCCACUGACACCGCCUGGUAUAGAGGUCCUGGAUGGCAGGAAGCUUGGCCCCAGUGAUGUACUGGGCCGUACGCACUACCCUCUGUAGUGCCUUGCGGUCGGAGGCCAAGCAGUUGCCAUACCAGGCGGUGAUGCAACCAGUCAGGAUGCUCUCGAUGGUGCAGCUGUAGAAUUUUUUGAGGAUCUGAGGACCCAUGCCAAAUCUUUUCAGUCUCCUGAGGGGGAAUAGGCUUUGUCGUGCCCUCUUCACGACUGUCUUGGUGUGCUUGGACCAUGAUAGUUUGUUGGUGAUGUGGACACCAAGGAACUUGAAGCUCUCAACCUGUUCCACUACAGCCCUGUCGAUGAGAAUGGGGGCGUGUUCGGCCCUCCUUUUCCUGUAGUCCACAAUCAGCUCCUUAGUCUUGGUCACGUUGAGGGAGAGGUUGUUAUCCUGGCACCAUACGGCCAGGUCUCUGACCUCCUCCCUAUAGGCUGUCUCAUCGUUGUCAAUGAUCAGGCCUACCACUGUUGUGUUUUCGGCAAACUUAAUGAUGGUGUUGGAGUCGUGCCUGGCCAUGCAGUCAUGGGUGAACAGGGAGUACAGGAGGGGACUGAGCACGCACCCCUGAGGUGCCCCCGUGUUGAGGAUCAGUGUGGCAGAUGUGUUGUUACCUACCCUUACCACCUGGGGGCGGCCCGUCAGGAAGUCCAGGAUCCAGUUGCAGAGGGAGGUGUUUAGUCCCAGGAUCCUUAGCUUAGUGAUGAGCUUUGAGGGCACUAUGGUGUUGAAUGCUGAGCUGUAGUCAAUGAACAGCAUUCUCACGUAGGUGUUCCUCUUGUCCAGGUGGGAAAGGGCAGUGUGGAGUGCAAUAGAGAUUGCAUCAUCUGUGGAUCUGUUGGGGCGGUAUGCAAAUUUAGUGGGUCUAGGGUUUCUGGGAUAAUGGUGUUGAUGGGUCUCUCUCUCUCUCUCUCUAUCUCUAUCUCUCUCUCUCUAUCUCUCUAUCUCUCUCUAUCUCUCUAUCUCUCUCUAUCUCUCUAUCUCUCUCUCUCUCUCUCCCUCUCUCUAGGAGGUGAUGCAGAUGGAGAGACAGCUAGGAGGUCGUCUGAUUGAUGAGCCCCACGUCCUGCUGUUUAAAGACAGCUACCACAACCUGCGCCUCUCCAUCCACGACAUGCCCCAGGCACACUGGAGGAGCAAACUACUGGCUGGGUACCAGGUGAGUUCAAAAUAUCAUUUCAUUGUCAAUGUGUUGUUUUACAGGGUCAGGUCAUAGAGGUACGACGCCCCAAGAGCAAAUUAUGGUUUAGUGCCUUGCUCAAGGGCAUAUCGACAGAUUCGUUUUAAAGCUAAUUGCCUGUUUGCAGUGAUAUGAGUGAGAGUGACUAACAAAAUCAAUGGGGCUCCCCCGGUCGGUAAUUCGACCAAGAUGACUACAAGUUUAGAUAGCUGGCUAGACUGAUUUCCCAAUCUAUAAAAUGUUAACUGACAUGGCAAAGUGAGUGACUGUCAGUGACUGACAUAAGAGAGAACACUGAUGAUGCACAACCGCUUUUCAAAAUGUCACCUUGUGUAUUCUACUGUUCUAACUCUCAACAGUAAGUUGAGACCCCGACUGAGCUAAAAAAAUAAUAAAUAAAUAAAUAAGUAUUGUUAGGUUUUUGGAAAAUGGCCGCCGGUUACCCAUCCCUGCCCCAUAUAGAGCCCUAUGCCCCCUGGUCAAAAGUAGUGCACUACAUAGGGAAUAUGGUGCCAUUUGGGACACAGUUGUUAUUUCAGUGUUUGGUAACUAGUACAUUUUGGUAAUUUAGCUGACUAAUGAGCAUGAGUGGUUUAAUGAAUCACCAUGAGGUCUCAAAGACUUUGACCACAUUUUUAAAUGGCUUUAGACACAAAUGUCUCUUAAAUGCUGCUGAUACAACGAUGGUCCCUUCAAGGUCCCUUUAGGAGAUGUUCAGAUUUUGGGGGAUUUUUAAUUGAGUGUUGUCGGGGUUUAUCUUCCAUUGAUCAUUUGAAAUAUUUCUAGGAUAGAAGGAGUUGAGAGAGUCAGGGACUUCUGCCUAAAAACCAUUGUGGCCUUGCUUCAGGCUUAGAGGAUCAGUGUGCUGUGCCUUCAGAGAGGGGGGACUGUGUGUGUGUGUGUGUGUGUGUGUGUGUGUGUGUGUGUGUGUGUGUGUGUGUGUGUGUGUGUGUGUGUGUGUGUAUGUGUGUGUGUGUGUAGCAGCCUCCACAGUUCCUGUCUGAUUGAUUCUACUAGGAGCCUCUCUCAAAGGGCGCUCAGAUCAAAUAUAGAAGAGGGCAUUAAUACUCCUAGAACUGCCUUCACAUCCUGACUGCUGGAACCUCUCUACCUCUCCUCCUCUCUCCUACUCCCUCCCUCCCUCCACACCCCCCGAAAUCGCUCUCUCGAUCGCUCUGCUGCAUCGCUCAUCUCUCUUCUCUCUUCUCUCUCUCUCUCUCUCUUCUCUCUCCACCUCUCUCCUACUCCCUCUCUCCCUUCCUCCACCUCUCUGCUACUACCUCUCUCCACCUCUCCUCUCCUUCACAUCUGCUUGGCCUACUGCAAAUGGAGAAGGAAAAAGAGGGGGUGAGGGAGGAGGAGAGAGGUGGAGAGGAGGGGGUGAGGGAGGAGGAGAGAGGUGGAGAGGAGGGGGGGAGGGAGGAGAGAGGUGGAGAGGUGGGGGGUGAGAGAGGUGGAGAGGAGGGGGUGAGGGAAGAGGAGAGAGGUGGAGAAGAGGGGGGGGUGAGGGAAAGAGGAGAGAGGUGGAGAGGAGGGGGUGAGGGAGAGGAGAGAGGUGGAGAGGAGGGGGAGUGAGGGAGGGGAGGGAGAGAGGUGGGGGGGUGAGGGAGGAUGAGAGAGGUGGAGAGGGGGGGGGGUGAGGGAGGAGGAGAGAGGGGGGGGGGGUGAGGGAGGAUGAGAGAGGUGGAGAGGUGGGGGUGAGAGAGGAGGAGAGAGGUGGGCGGGGGGGGGGUUGAGGGAGGAGGAGAGAGGUUGGAGAGGGUGGGGGUGAGAGAGGAGGAGAGAGGUGGAGAGGAGGGGGUGAGGGAGGAGGAGAGAGGUGGAAAGGUGGGGGUGAGAGAGGAGGAGAGAGGUGGAGAGGUGGGAGUGAGAGAGGAGGAGAGAGGUGGAGAGGAGGGGGUGAGGGAGGAGGUGCCAUUUGGAAGAAGCAUCAGAGAAGGCCCUGGUUUCUCGAUCUGGACUGCUGAAGACUUCCUCUCUGUCACUGCCAGGUCUUUCCCUCACCUGCUCCUCUCCUGCCAGCCUGGGUCACAGUGCCCCUAUCUGGCCACAUGCAUGUACUGCAGCUGCCCUGCCCUCUGAAAUGACUGGUAAUGGUUAGCAGACGCUAAAUGCGUGCAUACAUUUUUACGUAUGGGUGAACCCGGGGAUCGAACCCACUACCCUGGCGUUACAAGCGCCAUGCUCUACCAAUUGAGCUACAGAGGACCACUAGUUAGUAAAUAUGAACGGUUAGAUACUAGUUACUACAUAUGAAAGGUUAGAUACUAGUUAAUAUAUACUGUAUGCUUGGUUAAGGCCAACCCGUUAACCGAAACAAACUCUGGAGUUGAGAAGCUCUGCUCUGAAAUUACUUCUGAACUAGAGGUGGAGAGUGCAGGCAGUCUGCCCUGGUUUUGUCUGCCUUACCCCCAUCUCUACCUCUAUUACCUCUCCGUCUCUCUCUUUCUGUCUGUCUCUCUCCGUCUGUCUCUCUCUCCGUCUCUCUCUCUCCGUCUGUCUCUCUCUCCGUCUGUCUCUCUCUCCGUCUGUCUCCCUGUCUCUCUCUCCGUCUGUCUCUCUGUCUCUCUCUCCGUCUGUGUCUCUCCAUCUGUCUCUCUGUCUCUCUCUACGUCUGUCUCUCUCUGUCUGUCUCUGUCUCUCUCUACGUAUGUCUCUCUCUGUCUGUCUCUCUGUCUCUCUCCGUCUGUUUCUCACCAUUUGUCUCUCUGUCUCUCUCUCCGUCUGUCUCUCUCUGUCUGUCUCUCGCCGUAUGUCUCUCGCCGUUUCUCUGUGUCUCUCGCCAUCUGUCUCUCUGUCUCUCUCCGUCUGUCUCUCGCCAUCUGUCUCUCUGUCUCUCUCUCCAUCUGUCUCUCGCCAUAUGUCUCUCGCCGUUUCUCUGUGUCUCUCGCCGUCUGUCUCUCUGUGUCUCUCUCCAUUUGUCUCUCUCCGUCUGUCUCUCCGUGUCUCUCUCCGUCUCUCUCUGUCUGUCUCUGUGUCUGUCUUCGUCUCUCUCCGUGUCUCUCUCCGUCUCUCUCUCUCUCAGGGCUCUGUGCAGGCCAGUCAAGGUCUUCCACACCGAUCUCAACAAACCAUUUCUGUAUGGACCUUGCUUUGUGCACGGGGUUAUUGUCAUGCUGAAACAGGAAAGGGCCUUCCCCAAACUGUUGCCACAAAGUUGGAAGCACAGAAUCGUCUAGAAUGUCAUUGUAUGCUGUAGCGUUAAGAUUUCCCUUCACUGGAACUAAGGGGCCUAGCCCGAACCAUGAAUAAAAGCCCCAGAACAUUAUUCCUCCUCCACCAAACUUUACAAUAGCAGCACUUACAGUUGACAGGGGCAGCUCUAGCAGGGCAGACAUUUGACGAACUGACUUGUUGGAAAGGUGGCAUCCUAUGCCGGUGCCAAGUUGAAAGUUACUGAGCUCUUCAGGAAGGCCAUUCUACUGCCAAUGUUUGUCUACGGAGAUUGCAUAGCUGUGUGCUCGAUUUUAUACACCCGUCAAUUUGAAGGGGAGUCCACAUACUUUUGUAUAUAGUACCUCUAUCUUACCUCAGUGCUUCUCUGAGCAACAGGGAGAGAACAUUUUAGUCAUGAAUAAAUUCAAUCAGACAUUCAGCAGGUACCUGACUGGAGCCUCAGUAUCUGCUAUUAAAACCUAGUCACUUUAAAAUCUUUGGCGUGAAAAAGUUACGGUAGCUUCAUGUAUUCAUAAUCUACUCAGAAUAGAGACCUGGUUUUCUUCCUCUCUCAGAAACUCAACCAUCAACUCAACGACCUGCUCAUUUAGAACCGGGAUCUUUGGAAACCCGGCUUUCUCCACUAAUAUAAGUCAACUAAGAUCGUGAUCAUUCUGCUGCUCAUACCCUCUCACGGGGCAGCUAGUCACAUCUGAAACCUUUGCUUUAUAUUGGGUCAUAUUGUGUUCUAGACUAUAAUGUUAGUCUGUUCUUGUUCUCUAGGAGAUCCCGUUCUACCACAUCUGGAACGGUUCCCAGCGGUACCUCCACUGUACCUUCACCCUAGAGCGCCUCAGCCUCAGUACCUGUGAGCUCACCUGUCAGCUGUGUGUCUGGCAGGUGGAGGGGGAGGGACAGAGCUUCAGCCUCGACUUCAACAUCGCCAAGGUAACGCUCAUAUACAGUGGGGGGAAAAAAAGUAUUUAGUCAGCCACCAAUUGUGCAAGUUCUCCCACUUAAAAAGAUGAGAGAGGCCUGUAAUCUUCAUUAUAGGUACACGUCAACUAUGACAGACAAAUUGAGGGAAAAAAAAUCCAGAAAAUCACAUUGUAGGAUUUUUAAUGAAUUUAUUUGCAAAUUAUGGUGGAAAAUAAGUAUUUGGUCACCUACAAAAAAGCAAAAUUUCUGGCUCUCACAGACCUGUAACUUCUUCUUUAAGAGGCUCCUCUGUCCUCCACUCGUUACCUGUAUUAAUGGCACCUGUUUCAACUUGUUAUCAGUAUAAAAGACACCUAUCCACAACCUCAAACAGUCACACUCCAAACUCCACUAUGGCCAAGACCAAAGAGCUGUCAAAGGACACCAGAAACAACAUUGUAGACCUGCACCAGGCUGGGAAGACUGAAUCUGCAAUUGGUAAGCAGCUUGGUUUGAAGAAAUCAACUGUGGGAGCAAUUAUUAGGAAAUGGAAGACAUACAAGACCACUGAUAAUCUCCCUCGAUCUGGGGCUCCACGCAAGAUCUCACCCCGUGGGGUCAAAAUGAUCACAAGUACGGUGAGCAAAAAUCCCAGAACCACACGGGGGGACCUGGUGAAUGACCUGCAGAGAGCUGGGACCAAAGUAACAAAGCCUACCAUCAGUAACACACUACGCCGCCAGGGACUCAAAUCCUGCAGUGCCAGACGUGUCCCCCUGCUUAAGCCAGUACAUGUCCAGGCCCGUCUGAAGUUUGCUAGAGUGCAUUUGGAUGAUCCAGAAGAGGAUUGGGAGAAUGUCAUAUGGUCAGAUGAAACCAAAAUAUAACUUUUUGGUAAAAACUCAACUCGUCGUGUUUGGAGGACAAAGAAUGCUGAGUUGCAUCCAAAGAACACCAUACCUACUGUGAAGCAUGGGGGUGGAAACAUCAUGCUUUGGGGCUGUUUUUCUGCAAAGGGACCAGGACGACUGAUCCGUGUAAAGGAAAGAAUGAAUGGGGGCCAUGUAUCGUGAGAUUUUGAGUGAAAACCUCCUUUCAUCAGCAAGGGCAUUGAAGAUGAAACGUGGUUGGGUCUUUCAGCAUGACAAUGAUCCCAAACACACCGCCCGGGCAACGAAGGAGUGGCUUCGUAAGAAGCAUUUCAAGGUCCUGGAGUGGCCUAGCCAGUCUCCAGAUCUCAACCCCAUAGAACAUCUUUGGAGGGAGUUGAAAGUCCGUGUUGCCCAGCGACAGCCCCAAAACAUCACUGCUCUAGAGGAGAUCUGCAUGGAGGAAUGGGCCAAAAUACCAGCAACAGUGUGUGAAAACCUUGUGAAGACUUACAGAAAACGUUUGACCUGUGUCAUUGCCAACAAAGGGUAUAUAACAAAGUAUUGAGAAACUUUUGUUAUUGACCAAAUACUUAUUUUCCACCAUAAUUUGCAAAUAAAUUCAUUAAAAAUCCUACAAUGUGAUUUUCUGGAUUUUUCUUUCUCAUUUUGUCUGUCAUAGUUGACGUGUACCUAUGAUGAAAAUUACAGGCCUCUCUCAUCUUUAAGUGGGAGAACUUGCACAAUUGGUGGCUGACUAAAUACUUUUUUCCCCCCACUGUAUACGACACAAUACUAUGAUACAAUAUGCUCCUCCAUGAUAUACAGUACUACAUUACAGAGCUUCAGUCUCGACUUUAACAUCACCAAGGUAACACUCAGGUCACAUAUGAUGUAGUUCACACAAUAUGCCUCUCCAAGAUAUGUGUUGAUAUGAUCCAUCCAAAGAGAUGGACUCUUUUUAUGGCUCUUAACAAUAACAGUCCUUUAAUAUGUGUGUGGCUGCUACUCUCUAUGCUCUAAUCCUGUUUAUUUGGUUCAAAUGACCUAAGAAGACAGCAGUCCCCUGGACUAUAUAGUUCAUGGCUCGUAGCUAUACAGGACAUGUGUAUGUCUCUGUCCCUAUGUGUUCCUAUAUAACCCUUUAUAUAUUCCUCUGGCCCUAUAGGACUGUCGGCCCCUGGACUCUGAGUUCCUGCUGAUGGACACUAACCCUAACGGGAUGGCUCUAGCAGGACCCAGUGCUUUCCAGAUCCCCUAUCUGAUCAGGCAGAAGAUCUGCAGCAGCUUGGAUACACCUUGUCCCAACGGGGCCGAUUGGAGACUGCUGGCCCAGAGACUCAAACUGGACAGGUAACUGACCCUAACACCUGACCCUAAACUAGAGACUCAAACUGGACAACUAACUAACCAUAGCCCCAAACCUAACGGUAGGGGGAGUGCAUUCGGAAAGUAUGCAGACCCCUUAACUUUUUCCACAUUUUGUUACGUUUCAGCCUUAUUCUAAAACAGAUUUUUUUUCUUUUUUUCCUCAUCAAUCUACACACAAUACCCAAUCACGACAAAGCAACAACAGGUUUUUAGACAUUUUUGCAAAUGUAUUACAAAUAAAAAACGGAAAUAUCACAUUUACAUAAGUAUUCAGACCCUUUACUCAGUACUUUGUUGAAGCACCUUUGGCAGCGAUUACAGCCUCGAGUCUUCUUGGGUAUGACGCUACAAGCUUGGCACACCUGUAUUUGGGGAGUUUCUCCCAUUCCUAUCUGCAGAUCCUCUCAAGCUCUGUCAGGUUGGAUGGGGAGUGUCGCUGCACAGCUAUUUUCAGGUCUCUCCAGAGAUGUUCGAUCGGGUUCAAGUCCGGGCUCUGGCUGGGCCACUCAAGGACAUUCAGAGACUUGUCCAGAAGCCACUCCUGCGUUGUCUUGGUUGUGUGCUUAGGCUUGUUGUCCUGUUGGAAUGUGACACUUCGCCCCUGUCUGAGGUCCUGAGCGCUCUGGAGCAGGUUUUCAUCAAGGAUCUCUCUGUAUUUUGCUCUGUUCAUCCUUCCCUCGAUCCUGACUAGUCUCCCAAUCCCUGCCGCUGAAAAACAUCCCCACAGCAUGAUGCUGCCACCACCAUGCUUCACCGUAGGGAUGGUGCCAGGUUUCCUCCAGACGUGACGCUUGGCAUUCAGGCCAAAAGGUUCAAUCUUGGUUUCAUCAGACCAGAGAAUCUUGUUUCUCAUGGUCUGAGUCCUUUAGGUGCCUUUUGGGAAACUUCAAGCGGGCUGUCAUGUGCCUUUUAAUGAGGAGUGGCUUCCGUCUGAUGGUUGUCCUUCUGGAAGGUUCUCCCAUCUCCACAGAGGAUCUCUGGAACUCUGUCAGAGUGACCAUCGGGUUCUUGGUCACCUCCCUGACCAAGGCUCUUCUCCCCCGAUUACUCAGUUUGGCCGGGCGGCCAGCUCUAGGAAGAGUCUUGGUGGUUCCAAACUUCUUCCAUCUAAGAAUGAUAGGCCUCUGUGUUCUUGAACCUUCAGUGCUGCAGAAAUGUAUUGUCUAAAAACCUGUUUUUGCUUUGUCAUUAUGGGGUAUUGUGUGUAGAUUGAUGAGGGGAAAAAAAUUAUUUAAUCCAUUUUAGAAUAAGGCUGUAACGUAACAAAAUUUGGAAAAAGUCAAGGGGUCUGAAAACUUUCCCAAUGCACCAUAUAGGGCUAAAAGAUUGGUUUGGGACUGGGCCUAGGUAUAGAGAUUCAGUAUUGGUUUGGUACUGGGCCCAUUUAACAUGAUUUAACACAGCUAAUUUGUCCCAGUAACUUUCUCAUUUAAAUCAGGCUUUAGUUUAAACAGGAAAGAAUCAGAGAGAAAAACCCUGAUCAAUUACCUUCCGAUGUAACUUCUUCCUGGUAAUGAAGUCUAUUAUGUCCACAUCAGCUGGAUUGACCCUAAUUAAUUACACAUUGGAUUGGUGCAGGACAGGUCCAAUUAGCCCUGUUUGGCUCAACCUAAUCCAUUCCCAUUUAGUUCCCUUAAAGCAACAUCUCCUCUGUUGGGUAAAGGGGCAAUCUGGGAUCGGUACGUCCCAUGUUCUUUGCUUUGAUGGAAGGGGUUUUAAUCCAUCUAACAUGGAUGUAUCCAAUGGAUGUAGCCUGCAGCUAAUCUAAGACAUGCUGUAGUCACGUGUGUGUGUGUGUGUGUGUGUGUGUGUCUGUGUGUGUCUGUCUGUGUGUGUGUGUCUGUGUGUAUGUGUGUGUGUGUGCGUGUGUGAGUGAAUACAAGCAGGCAGAGGUGAACGUGACCAAUCGAUAAAACACCAAAUGUUAGUAGUUGAUUUUAUCUCUUACUAUACAGAACAGUGUGGUGUGAAAGGCUGUUUCUGCAGUACACCAGAUACUAUAAGCUGUAAUGUGAAGAACACAUUCUAAUCGCCACACAGCCCUUUUGUAUAUUAACAAUGUAAGCGUAUUGGUUCACUGGUACAGUUUACUACCAUCAUGGUCUUAGUUGUGGCCCUGUAUGUAGUAGGCUGGGAGGUGAUGUGUUCCUGUAGAAUACAAUACAGUACCUUUUCCCACCCGCCUGACUGUCUGUUGGAUGUCCACACACACACACACACACACACACACACACACACACACACACACACACACACACACACACACACACACACACACACACACACACACACACACACACACACACAACACACAAACACACACACACACACACACACACACACACACACACACACACACACACACACACACACACACACACACACACACACACACACACACACGCUGAAUAUAAGCCUGUAAUAGUCUGAAAGCUUUGUCGUUCCUUGUAUCCAUUUAAGUGAUUUUCCCCGCAGUAGGUUAGCAGGACAGAGUGAAGAAUUACAAAGGUCUAGCUGUGUUCUCCAGAUGAAGCUGAAGGACUGACAGGCUUGCUGACCUUCCUCUACCCUCAACCUCUCCUCACACCCCGACCCCCCAACCCUCUACCCCCCGACCUCUAGGCCAGUUCCCCCCAUUCACCUUUGAUGUGGUACACAACAACACUUCAAUCCCUAGUCAGUAGAGGAUCAGAAAAAGGCCGAGCCACUCCAGAUACCUCAGGGAGGAAGAUUCUAGCCGCUGUCAUCCUCCACAUCACAUGUGCUACUGAGCUGAAGGAAUGGGUCUCGUCCCAAAUGGCACCCUAUUCCCUAUGUAGGGCACUACUUUAGACCAGAGAAUGGCACCCUAUUCCCUAUGUAGGGCACUACUUCUGACCAGGGUCCAUAGGGAGGCCCAUAGGGCUCUUGUCAAAAGAAGUGCACUAUAUAGGGAAUAGGGUGCCAUUUGGGAUGCAGACAACAUGUGAGGAAGGACAGGGGUCACUGCAUUUAGGUCUAUUGAUUGGUUGGGUUUGAUGUGAAAGGUUAAGGCCUGGAAGUGGAAAAGGUCAUUUCCUACUUUAAAUGUGAACGUUCUUUAAGGGAUUUAUUAAAGGUUUUAUGUGUGAUUUAUGUUGGAUUCAUUGCCAUGUUUAUAAUCACAUGCAAAAAGGGGAUCCUAACUGCUCAAGGGGAAGGGAUAAGACUUCUAAAAGGAAUGGUUUGAUGUAUAUUGUUUGCUUACAGAAGUAUAGUAUAGUAUAGUAUAGUAUAGUGUGGUGUUAGUGUAAUAUAGUAUACGUUAUAGCUAGUAUAGUAUACGUAUAGUAUAGUUGGUUAUAGGGUAGUGUGGUAUAUUACAGUAUAGUAUAGUGUAGUGUAGUGUAGUAUAUUAUGGUAUAGUGUGGUAUAGUAUAGUGUAGUAUAAUAUAAUAUAGUAUAGUAUAGUGUGGUGUAGUGUAAUAUAGUAUAGUAUAGUAUAGUGUGGUAUAGUGUAGUGUGGUAUAUUAUAGUAUAGUAUAGUGUAGUGUAGUGUAGUGUAUUAUAUUAUGGUACAGUGUGGUAUAGCGCUUGUUUGUUCCUCCUCCUGGCUUUCCCUGCGUUUGGGGGGGGACGUCAAAAAGGUACAAAGGUUUUUCGUGCAUAUUUUGGGGGAAGGAUACUUCCCCAAAACCGGACUCACAAAGGGGCUUUUUCAGUGCAGUAUUUGGGGGAAAGGGGAAGUCAACAGGACUCACAAAAAACUUAAGUGCAGUAUUGGGGGAAGGAGACGUCAACAAGGACUCACAAAGGACUUUACAGUGGUUUGGGGGAAAGGACGCAAAAAGGACCCAAAAAUUUACGGCAAGGGGGGGAAGGAACCAACACGGGCCCCAAGGGCACAGGGGGAGGGGGGGAAAGGUAGGGGAACCAAGGGGCAAGAAACAACCCAGAGACAACAGAGGGGAAAAAACAGAGAAAAAAAAACGAAAAAAAACCCCCCCCCCCGCCCCCACCCACCCCCCCCCCCCCCCCACCUCCCCCCACCCCCCCCCCCCCCCCCCCUCCCCCCCCCCCCCCCCCCCCACCCCCCCCCCCCCCCACCCCCCCCUCCCCCCCCCCCCCCCCCCCCCCCCCCCCCACCCCCCUCCCCCCCCCCCCCCACCCCCCCCCCCCACCCCCCCCACCCCCCACCCCCCCCCCUCCCCCCCCCCCCCCCCCCCACCCCCCCACCCCCCCCCCACCCCCCCCCCCCCCCCCCCCCCCUCCCCCCCAUUCCCCCACCCCCUCCCCCCACCACCCCCACCCCCCCCCCCACCCCCCCACCCCCCCCCCCCACCCCCCCCCCUCCCCCCCCACCCCCCCCCCCCAAACCCCCCCCUUUCCCUCCCUCCUCACCUCUCCUCUCCCUCUCCACCUCUCCUCUCCCUCCUCACCUCUUUCUUCGCCAUCUCUCCUCACCUCUCCUCCUCCCUCCUCACCUCUCCUCCUCACCUCUCCUCUCCCUCCUCACCUAUCCUCUCCACCUCUCCUCUCCCUCUCCUCUCCAUCUCCUCUCCCUCUCCUCCUCUCCAGGCACAUGAGUUUCUUUGCAUCCAAGGCGAGUCCCCACCCA